AGCUGUGAUGGUUUGCAUUCCAGAUGAGCUUCUCAAAAAAUUGUUACCUCUGCCAAGGUUCUUUCUGGUCCUGCAGCAAUGAAGGGCAGGUAUAAAAGACAGCCCAGGGUCUUGCUCUCUCAUCCACUUCUCUUGGCUCCUUCUUCCCAGGAACCAGCUUCAUCUCCACCCUCAAGAAAUGUCCUGCUACGACCAGUGCCUGCCCUGCCAGCCCUGUGGCCCGACCCCGCUGGCCAACAGCUGCAAUGAGCCCUGUGUGAGACAGUGCCAGGACUCCAGAGUUGUCAUUGAACCCUCCCCCGUGGUGGUGACCCUGCCUGGCCCCAUCCUCAGCUCCUUUCCUCAGAACACUGUUGUGGGCUCCUCCACCUCUGCUGCUGUUGGCAGAAUCCUCAGCUGUGAUGGAGUGCCCAUCAACUCUGGCUGCUGUGACCUGUCUGGCAUUUCCAGCCGCUACUUUGGCAGAAGGUACCCGCGCUGAUAAAGACUCUGGGAAAGGCCCAGGAUGACACCUUGAGGAACUCAAAACAUGGUGCUGGGCAAAGGAUUGAGAUAUUGGCUGUGUUUUCAGUAGAGCUGAAUGGCUGUACCUUUUUUACCGUUUUCUUUGUUUCCUUUGGUUCCUCUUGGCAACGAGGCUCCCCAGGUCCAGCCUGGUGGGGAUCAGCUGUCUUCUCUCCCUCUAUGGGACGGGCAGAUGAACAUCAUGCACAAAAUUCUUCAUGACCAUGGACUGCAGACUUUGGGAUUCCUUUGUGGAUUCCUGCACUGCUGUCCUCCACUUGCAGUGACUUUGUUUCCCUCUUUUGACUCAUUAAAGUUUUACUGCAUUCAA